ACUCGGGUGAGCCAGCUAAAGUGGCACCAGCAGAUUCACACCGGGCAGAGGCUGCCAACACGCCCGCGAGUUCAAACCGGCGAGAGGCCGUUUAACUGCUCCGAGUGUGGGAAGGCAUUCACACAUUCUCGCAACCUGAGGAAUCACGAGCAGGUUCACGCUGCAGAGAAGCCGCUUACAUGUCCAGAUUGUGGGAAGGGAUUCACUCAAUCGUGCCAACUGAAGAGGCACCAGAAAAUUCACACUGGAGAGAGGCCGUUCACUUGCUCUGAGUGUGGGAAGGGAUUCAUUGAAUCAUAUGCGUUACAGAUACAUCAGCGGAUUCACACUGGAGAGAGGCCGUUCACCUGCUCUGAAUGUGGGAAGGGAUUUACUUGUUCAUCUCAGUUGCUGCUACACCAGAGAAUUCACACAGGGGAGAGGCCGUUUUUCUGCUCUGAGUGUGGGAAGAGAUUCAUUGAUUCAUAUGCGUUACAGAUACACCAGCGCAUUCACACUGGAGAGAGGCCGUUCACCUGCUCUGAUUGUGGGAAGGGAUUUACUCGUUCAUCUGAGUUACUGAGACACCAGAGAAUUCACAUAGAGGAGAGGCCGUUCACCUGCUCCGAGUGCGGGAAGGGAUUCAGCCAAUCUUCCAAACUGGUGUCCCACCAGCGAGUUCACACUGCGGAGAAACCAUUUGCCUGUCCCGAUUGUGGGAAGGGAUUCACUGUAGCAAGUAACCUGAAGACCCACCAGCGAAUUCACACCGGGGAGAGGCCGUUCACCUGCUCCGAGUGUGGGCAGGGAUUUGCUCACUCCUUUGCGUUGGUGGUGCAUGAGAGAAUUCACACGGGGGAGAGGCCGUUCACCUGCUCCGAGUGCGGGAAGGGAUUCAGCCAAUCUUGCAACCUGGUAUCCCACCAGCGAGUUCACACUGCGGAGAAACCAUUUGUCUGUCCCGAUUGUGGGAAGGAAUUUGCUCAAUCAUCAACUUUACGAAAACAUCUCAACGUUCACCCUGGGAAGAGACCGUUCACCUGCUCUGAGUGUGGGAAGGGAUUCACUCAGGCGUCUGUGUUCCUGACACACCAGAGAAUGCACUCUGGAGAGCGGCCGUUCACCUGCUCUGAGUGUGGGAAGGGGUUCACUCAGUCAUCUGUGUUACUGAUACACCAGAGAAUUCACUCUGGAGAGCGUCCGUUCACCUGCUCUGAGUGUGGGAAGGGAUUCUCCCAGUCAUCUGCGUUACUGGGACACCAGAGAAUUCACUCAGGGGAGAGGCCGUUCACCUGCUCUGAGUGUGGGAAGAAAUUCACUCAAUCUUCUAACCUGAAGACCCACCAGCGACUUCACGCUGUGGAGAAACCAUUUGCCUCUCCAAACCAUGGGUAGGGUUCACCAGUAAGUCUAACCGGGUAACCC